AUGUCUAAGAAUGCGGCGCGUACAAGCAGCAAGACAAAUCCACGAAAUGAAAUUCGAAAAACGACUAAAUCGCCGGCUGGCAGUGGAACAGGCGCCACCAUUAAGGAUAGAAAACCAUUGGUCAAGCAGCCAGACAGCGUGGAAGGCGACAGAGCACUAAAGAAACCCACAAAGACGGUGAUAACGGCAGCAACCACGAUCAGAAAACCCGCAGCGCCAGCGAAUGCGAGCAAACCGAAAGAGCGGGUUGCGCCACAGCCCACCAAGCGGACGACCCCCUCGCCUAGUACACUGCGUGCCGUCAAACAGAAGCCGCAGACCGUGAAACAGCAGCCCCUGGUUGUCAAAUCCAAGCCCAAGGCCAAGCCAAAUGCCGUGCUGGACACAUACCACAGCGUGACGGUGGCAUCGCCUCCACAGAAGCGUCGAUUGCAGCCAAAAACCGCAGCAGAGACAUCCCCGGAGCCGGAAAGAGCGCCGCCACAGCCCAGGACACGCACCCUGACGCGCACGCUGGACCCCGAGGAGGUGAAGGUGCUCAAGCGGGAGUCGGCCAAGCAGAGGAGCGAAAUCGAUGUGGAGGCGCUGCCAGUGAAGCAGCCUGUGGCCUUUGAGGUGAAGUUUGAGGAACCAAAGACGGGGACAGACAGUGCAUCGGACAACUACUCGGAGGAUGACUUUGAGUCGUAUGAAUCAGACUUUGAGACUGGCUCCAGCACGCCCGAGGAGGAAGCGGACGAGGACGAAGAUGAUGAGGAGGAGGAGGCAGAGCAGCCAAUGGCCGAGCCAGAGCCAGAAAUAGUCGAAGAGGAGGAGGAGGAGGAAGACGAGGACUCUGAACCCACGCAGAACCCAAUCACAGUGAUACAUCGGGACAGGGGGGAGCAGGGGCAGGAACGCAAGUUGGACUCGGGCCACUACGACAUGAACAUGCGCCGCCAUCCGCUGCUGGCCGAGCUCAGCUCACAGUCCACGCAGCAUCAAUGCGACAGCUUCGACACCAAUUCGAUGGCCAACUCGGAGCAGCUGGACUCUGGCAUAAGCACCACGGACCAGGAGAAACUCCAAAGCGUGGAGUCAGAGUCCAACGUGUACUACGGGGGAUAUGCCAACUUUGUGUCCCGUCCCGUGGAGAGUCGACGCGGCAGGGAGCUGAUGCGGAAGCUGCGCUUUGACCAGCUCACCUAUCGUCUGUUUGAGAUGCAACCGCUGAGCUACGAGGGCUACAUGCAGAGCUACGGUAAGCUGAACACCAGCCAGUCGGCCACCCAGACGCAGUCCCCGUACAUGGACACCGAAUGCCAGACGCUGGAGCUGCACACUCGCAGCAGUUGGACGCAGCAUCCGCCACACUACGGCGGGCAGUUGGUGCUCAGCUGCAGCGGAGAUGCCGAAGCGGAAGAAUCGCUGACACGACCCACAGAUGCCUACGAGACGAGCCUGUUCCGCCUCGAGCAGCUGCAUCGCGUGGAGCAGCAGCGAGCGCAGCAGCAACAACGCCAGCGCCUGGCCAAACCCACGGACCUUGAGCGUCUCGGUGCGUUCCUGCAUAAGGCCGCGCGACUGCUGGGGAAAGUUCUGGCUGACAGCACCCAACGACGACCCAACAGCCCGCGCCAGCUGCCCCUGCAGACGGGCCUGCUGAAUGCUCUGCCUGUGCGCCGCAUCUUCGGGGGUUCUGCCAGCGGACAGCUGGUGGUCACGGUGCACGAGUGCCCGCCACAGAGCAACGUGUAUAGCGAGGACUUUGCCAACUUGCUGAUGGUCUGGUCGCUCAACCAUCCCGCCAAGCCGCUGCGCCUGCUGUCCACCUGGGCGGAGGUUUGCCGCGUGGCCUUCUGCAGCGAGGCGCCAGACAUCAUUGUGGCGGGCCUGCGGGAUGGCAGCGCGGCCAUGUGGGAUCUGCGCGAGACCUACAGCUACUGCUCGAAGUUGGACGGGCACUUGACGCACUUUGCGGCCACCCAAUCGGUGGUGCCAUCGCUGAAGGGGCAGGCCAAUGCCUUGGAUCUGGGUGCCAUGGUGGAUGUGCGCAGCUUUCGCAGCCAGCAGAAGGCGGGGGCAGCUGCAGCCACACACAAGGAUGUACAGUACGCCUCGCUGAAUGAUUCUGGCUUGCUGACCAUGUGGACGCUGGUGGAAGGCUCCAACGUCUCUGCCUCGACCUCUACCUCCGGCAGCAAUGAGUACACCUCCCCGUGGGCCCGAGUGAAGCUGCUGCAGAGCGCCAGCUGUGAUCUGCGUGACUAUGUGGAGCGGCGGCUGCUGCGAAGCAAUCAAAGUGCCUACGAGAAAACCAAAUCCCUGUUCCAGGGCAACAUCUACAGCGACGAUCUGCUGCGAGAGCUGAACGAGACGCAAACGCUGAGCACGGCGCUGCAGGGGCAGGGCUUGCAGGGGCUGCGCUUCACCAGCAUCGACACCGGCAGCGAUCUCAUCUACGUGUGCAGCAAUCGGAAUUUCGUGCUCUGCUGCACGCGCAGCCUCAAGCCGGAACGCUUCAGUCGUAUCGCGGUCAAUGAGAGUCGCUUCCUCUUCCCCACCGCGCUCUGUGUGCUCUCCAAUGAGAGCUUCGUGGCGGUGGGUCUGUCCAACGGCUCUGUGAUGAUUCUCAACUGCAAUCAACGGCAGCAGCAGCAGCGGCAGGGACACAAGAGGCCACCCACGGGGCUGCCAACAGCGACCGCUGAUCCACUCGGAUCGGAAGUGGGCAAAUCCUGUGCCAUUCAGAACAUUAUCCUCAACGAGCGACGCUCCUUUGAGCAGCAAAUGGAUACGCAGGAGUCCAGCAAUUACGAUCUAAGGCCCAACACGGCCCUGGAGCUGUUACGGCAGCCACGGCGCUCCUACGAGAUGCGCAUCUUUGACCAGCAGCUCCUGCUCAGCGGCAGUGGACUGCGUCAGCAUCUCGUUCAGUCUCUGGUGCUCUCCCACGAUGGUUGGCGUCUCUCCGCCCUGGCCAAUGGCGCUGUGCGCACCUACGACUUUUACUUGGACAAGGAACUCCCACAGACAGGGGAAAGUGGAACCAAAAUCAUGGACAUGGCCGCCAGCAAUGAGCAGCAUUUACUGAUCCUCGACAGUGCGGGACAGGUGCAAAUGCACUCACUCGAUUCCUCCUAGUUUGUUGAUUGUUUUUGAAUCUAUUUAAUUAUGUGACUACUUUUAUGCGUUAGUUCAGAGAGCAGUUUUUUGAGAGCAAAUAAAGUGUUUAAUGCAACUAAA